CUCCCCUCUCUCAGUCUCCUUCCCUUCCCAAGACGGUUUUUGCCUCUGGUGAUGCUCCUUCUACUGGUUGAGAGAACACACAUUUGAUUGCCUUGUCACUCCACCUUUUCCAUCAGAUUCAACAACAAUAUGAAUUCCAGAAACGAAACACAUGUUUCAAAUUUCCUUCUCAUGGAAGUAACAGAGGAUCCGGAACUGCAGUCCCUCUUUUUCAGCCUGUUCCUGUCCAUGUAUGCAGUCACCGUCCUGGGGAACGUGCUCAUCAUCCUGGCUGUCAGCUCUGACUCCCAUCUGCACACCCCCAUGUAUUUCUUUCUCUCCAACCUGUCUGUUAAUGACAUCUGUUUAAGCACAACCACGAUCCCAAAGAUGCUGGUGAACAUCCAAACACAGAAUCAGAGCAUCAGUUAUCCAGGCUGCCUUACACAGGUCUGCUUUCUCCUGGUUUUUGCCAGUCUGGAAAGUUGUCUUCUUGCAGCAAUGGCCUAUGACCGCUAUGUGGCCAUUUGUCACCCACUGAGGUACACAGUCAUUAUGAACUCCCGCUUCUGUGUGCUGCUGAUUCUACUCCCUCUGGUUUUUAUCAUUAUGGAUGCCCUGCUCCACAGUCUGAUGGUGUUGCGACUGUUCUUCUGCACAAAUGUGAAAAUCCCCCUCUUCUUCUGUGAAGUUGUUCAGCUCAUCAAGCUUGCGUGUUCUGAUACCCUUAUCAAUAACAUCCUGAUGUAUUUUGCAACUAGUGUAUUUGGUGGUAUUCCUGUGUGUGGAAUCAUUUUCUCUUACAUUCAAAUAGCCUCCUCUGUUUUGAGAAUACCAUCAGCGGGUGGAAAGUAUAAAGCUUUUUCCACCUGUGGGUCUCACCUCUCAGUUAUGUCCUUAUUUUAUGGGACAGGCAUUGGAAAUAACAUUAGUUCUGCUCUCACAAACUCUUCUAGAAACACUGCAGUGGUUUCAAUGAUGUACACUCUUGUCCCUCAAAUGAUGAACCCUUUCAUCUAUAGCCUGAGGAACAGGGACAUGAAGGGAGCCUUGAGGAAACUCAUCAGUAGGACACCUUCUCUUCAGUGACUAUGUCGCCUGCUUUGAACUGGGGUUUCUAGAAUGAGUCAAAGUGACAGAAAUACUGGGUGAGCCAGAAUGUUUGAUUUUCUCAUCAACUUCUUCUAAAAUGACUGCAUAAUAUAAUGGGUAAGUGAAUUUUAACUUGGGGUUGAAAUCCAACUUGCUGCUUCUGUAGCUUUGUGGUGUUUCAAAAAUGAGUUCAUUCCCUAAGUUCAGUGUCUUUGGUUGGGUCCUUAGAAGGUCACCUGAGGCAAGGUUUACGUUGAUAUUGUUGGGAUGUCAGAAGGAAAAAAAGGGCGCUGUUGGAUAGGUCAGUGGGAGGAUCAAAUGACUCCCUGGUCAUAACAAAGACUCUAUUGUGUCUGAUCUCACGGUUGGGGCCAUGUGAAUUUCACCCCAGAGAACAAGCCUACUGUGAGAUGUAGGGGGAGCUGGGUUUUCAUACUCCAAUUUAGUAAUUCCUGAGAUCUGUCAGUGGUUGACAGUAUCUGUGCAGGGCAACCUCAGCAUCCAUUACACUCAGUUUUAUAAUCUACCAACCUGCCAUAAUGUGAUUAUUAGUGGUUGGAGAUGAUUCUGAGGCAUAUGAUCUUGAUUAGUGAAGAAGUCAUUGUUUCUUCUUAGAGAAAGUAUCCCUGAUUCUAACAUGCCAAAACAUUAAAGAGAACUGUCUCUCCCUACAAGGGUGUCAGAGGUAGGGAAUGUGGAGGAAAAUUCAUUUACUCCUCCAUGUGAUGCUUUUUUCCUGGGACUAGUUCCCCUCAUGGACUCAGACGGCUGCAACAGAUGCAGAUAUCAUAGCUAAACAUGAUGACCAGAGAAAGAAAUCUGACUCGUCUUCUUUAGGUCUAUUGAUACUUAAAAUUGUAUGGCAUCAUCCAGAAUAUAUACCUUGCAAUCCCUUCACUGUGGUUAGGAUCAUACGCCCCUUCUAAACCUCAUUCCUGAUGUGGAGAAAAUGAUUACUUUGAGAGUGUUAGACUGACUAUAUAAAGUGUAAUUCUUACACUGUAUUCCACCCCCACAAACACUGCAAGAACUUAGGACAAUACCUGACAUGUAGUAAGUACUCAAUAAAAUUAACUGGUAUCAUUGUGUUCCGUACAUGGCUAUGUUCAUAACUUUGUAUUCCUACUGUUCUCAUGGAUUUACUGUAUACUUCAGCAAUCAGAUUUUUCUUUUAUGUUAUAUUUCUCAGUUACUUUUUCUGGUCUGAGUAAUAUAAUAAUACAAACAGUGUUUAGGUAGGCAGAGCAAAGGUUGGUAAUCUGCUUCUGACAUAUUAUUUGCUUUGAAACCUUCUCAUUGGCUGAUUUGUAAGAAUAUAUCUGAAUUUUCACUUUUCUCCUUAGUCAUCUGAUCUUGUUUUGUUUCUUACUCAUCUGUGGUGGAGUCCUCACGGAGAUCAUACUUGAAUAAAAUUAAUUGUACCAUUGAUGUCUUAGAGCAUUGACUGCACUCAGGGUUCUCAUGCAAAACUUUUUAAUGUGUCUUUAGGAGGAAAGUUAUUCUGUGGAGGACUACUUUACUGUGAGAAGGAGAUGUUGAGUGCAAAACAAGGGCGGAGAAAGGGAAGUUAGCAAAAUUAGGACCAUCACAUUUCUCAUAACAACAUUUCAAAGAAUGAUCUCUAUGUGUGUGGGGUGAAAACAGUGAAGGUCUCACAAUAGAACAAAGAAGUUUCUGGAGAUCCUUGUGUCCUGGUGGUCAUCGGAGGUCGAGGAGGUUGUUUUAUUUUCAGCACCACAUAUGGAGUACAGCUUUGCCUGGGAAUCAUGGUCUCUCCCAGUGCAGAGCUUCCAGCAUUGAUGUUCACAGAGCACCUGCAGAGUUGAAUCACCUGGGGCCUUUGCACACACAACAGGUUUCCAAACUUCACCUAAGAACUACUGUCUUUGAAUCUCUAUGGAGACAUGUGAGGAAUGAGCCUCUUCAAUAAUCACCCUGUGAGAUUCUGAUGACCUCUGAAGUCUGAAGUGCAUGAAUUUAAUAUUAAAAGAAUAUGGGAAAAUGUAUUUAGUAUUAAGAAUAUGGGAGGCCUUUCCUCAAUUUCCUUUUUUAAUAUAACAUAUACUAAGUACUGCAUAAAAUCUAUGUGUAGUUCUAAAAGAAUAGUAACAUAAUAAGAACACAUUUAUCUAUCUAGGGGUUAAAAACGGGGCAAUGUCAUUGUUAUGGACUCUACCUGGAGCGUCUCCCACUCACAUCCCUCUGUCCUCUCAAGUGGCAAACACUAUCCUGAAUUCCGUACUUAUCAUUUUCUUUGAAGUUUUUCUUUUAGGUUGAAUUUUAUGAAAUUUCCAGUGUUUGAUCAUAUUUGUCCUAUGAAACAGGUAUUAGUUUUAAAAUCAUUGACUUUUCACCCCUGUGUGUAUUCCUAUCCUAUUUAUAAAUCUGCCUGUUUUCCAACUUGUUAAAUCUUAGUGUAUGAAUUUUGUGUCUUUAUUGUCUUCCUCUUUAUUGCUUUUUUGGGAUUCAAUCAUGUUGAUGGUAGCAGUAAAUAAUUAAUUUCCAAUACUCUGGACCUUUUUAUAUUAUUUAUGGUAUCUUUUCAAAAUAGAUGUCCUUGCUGUUACUGAUGGAAAUUUUGUUUUUUCGUAACCAGUUUUCUGGUAUUAUGAAUAAACUUGUUUGCAUAUUCUCUUAUAUGUCUCCUGGUGGAAAUGAGAGAGUGUAUUAUAAUUGGGAUGGUAAUAUUGGAUACAAGAGAGUACCUUUUCUCUUUGAGUAGUUCCAAAGCAUUUUCCUAAGUCAAUGAACACAUCUACACAUACACAUGAGAAAGUCCUGGUGAUCCAUAUCAUCACCAAGACAUUUUCAAGUACACUGAUAAUCUAAUGGGUGUAAAAAUGAUUUCAUUAAUUGAUAUGUCUCUUAUUAUA